AUGGAUGAGGGUUACGAAGCAUUAGGUCCAUCUGCAAGUGCGCCACCACCAUCUUAUGGACCUAUGCCUCCAAUGCAAUUUGUUCCGGUUCCAACUCCUAGUCAACCGGUUAUAGUCCAAUUCCCACCAGCAGUUGGGUCACCACCAAUUCCGGCUGCACCUGCACCUCCAUCAGCACCAAUUCAUGAAAGUGAAAGUAGUGACAAACAAAGCGAACCUGAUGUGAGGAGAAAAAAAAGAUCUUCGAGAUUUGGACCGAUGAUGUCUCGCAUUGGUUGCAUGUUAGGAUGUUGUACAUUCUUGAUACUGUUAUUCAUUGGAAUCGUAAUAAUCGUAUUAUUAGUUGCAAUAGUAUGGACAGACUGCUUCGGACAUCCAGAAUGUCCAUGGAUUCGGAUUAUCAAAUUAUAA